AUUACUCCCUUUAGGAAGUUACAUUCUAGUUUAUAUCGCUUUAAAUUCACUCCAUAAACCAUUAUUGAUUAUACCUAUUUAACCGUUAACAGUUCUAAUAUUAUGAGUUGAGCAUAAAUUAUACAAAUGGCAAAUCAUAAUCAUUUGUAAUUUUUAUCCAUGGAUACACCAAAAAAAUAAAGAAGCAAUUUUAAUAAUAUAAUAUUAAAUACUGGACAUUUUUUCUUCUACUUAUCUUUUUCUUUACACAUAUUUAUAUAUAAUGUCUUUAGGAGCUACGAUUUUGUUGAAUAAUGGUGUUAUUAUGCCUGCUUUUGGUUUAGGAACUUGGCAAUCUAAACCAACUGAAGUUUAUAAUGCAGUUUUGAUUGCACUUGAAGCAGGAUAUAGACACAUAGACACGGCUUAUGUUUAUCGUAACGAAAAAGAAGUUGGACAAGCAAUUAAAGAUAGUGGAAUACCUCGUGAGCAAAUAUUCAUAACCACUAAACUUUGGAAUACAAGUCAUCAACCAGAUCUUGUUGAAAAGGCACUUGAUGCGUCUCUUGCUAAUCUUCAAUUAGAUUAUGUUGAUUUGUAUCUUAUGCAUUGGUAUGUUCUAUGUUUCAUUUAUAGAAAAAGGCCAGUUGCUUUCAAACCUUCCAAAUAUAAUAUACCAAAGGAUGAGAAUGGAAAUAUUGCAAUUGAUCAUUCUGUUGAUUUUAUUGACACCUAUGCCGCUAUGGAAAACCUACUCGAGUCAGGUAAGACACGUGCUAUUGGUGUCAGUAAUUUUAAUAUCAAUCAUCUUGAACGUCUUUUAAAGAAUUGUAAAGUAAUUCCUGCAGUCAAUCAAGUAGAAGUACACCCUUACUUACCGCAACCUGAGCUAAUUAAAUACUGUCAAUCAAAUACGAUUCAUGUCACUGCUUAUUCUCCCCUUGGCAGUACAGAUUCUCCUAUAAUGCAAGAACCUAUCGUGCUUGAUAUUGCAAAGAAACAUAAUAACUCUACUGCUGCCCAAGUACUCUUAUCUUGGGGAUUGCAACGUGGCCUAAGUAUCAUUCCAAAAUCAGUAACCCCAUCCCGUAUCAUUUCUAAUUUCCAAGUUUUUAAACUUGAAGAAAAAGACGAAUUUAAAGCUUUAGAACAAUUAGCAACAAAAGAACCAAAACGUCUCAUUGAUCCUUCUCCAUUUUGGGGUGUCGAUAUUUAUAACACUAAUAAAUCUAAACUAUAAUAAAAUCUUUUUUUUUUCUUUUCUUUUC